AUGAUGUUUCAAAGGCAAGCUUUUGCGCCAGCAUUUCGACCUUUUUCCCGGUCACCACUUGUCUUGACUCCACGAUUCACGGCUUUCCAACUGCCGCAUGCCCUCCAUGCCCGAUUUCUCUCGGAACAGACAAGGUCGGCAAUUGACAAGGCUAUUGCGUCUGCACCUGUCGUCCUCUUCAUGAAGGGUACUCCGGAGACACCACAAUGUGGAUUUUCUCGAGCCAGCAUACAGAUUCUGGGGUUGCAGGGAGUUGACCCGAAGAAAUUUGUCGCAUUCAACGUGUUGGAGGAUCCCGAGCUGCGUCAGGGUAUAAAGGAGUACUCCGAUUGGCCAACAAUACCCCAGUUAUACCUUGACAAGGAAUUUAUUGGAGGUUGCGAUAUUCUGAUGUCUAUGCAUCAGAACGGAGAGCUCGCAAAGCUGCUUGAGGAGAAAGGGGUCCUAGUGGCAGCUGAUUGA